AUGGCCUUACUCGGUACUGCUCGCAUACUUCGAAAGUUUCUAACAGCAGGAAGUUUUAAUCCUAGACCUCAGGAAUCCGCUGGACUCCCGGUAGAUGCCAGCAAAACGAGGAUUUCCAGCACCAUCUCCACCUCCUCUGGCGGGCAUCCACCCAGCUCUCUCAUGCCUUGUCUUUGUCUUAUUGGCAUUUUUGCCGGAAAUCUCAACUACAGAUGUAAGGAUGUUUUUCCUUCUUCUUCACAUGGUCUCUAUUGUGCCUCCGUGACUAGUUCGAUGCGAUGCCUGCCCAGUGGUCCCUUCAUGCCAGACGGUGGUGGUCAGUCUGCUUAG